GCACAAGACAUAGGGCAUAUAAGUCGCUUGGAGUGGUGAGAGACAGAAGGGGGAGGGAAAGUGUGGGGGAAAGAGACUGGGAGAGAGAAGCUGCUCUGUGUGGACUGUAGCUUGCAGCUGUAAUUGUGGAAGAGCGAGAAAGCGUGCUCAUGUGAGAGAGACUCAGAGACUACUAGAGAGAGAGAGAGAGAAAGCAAAAGAGGUUGAGAGAGAGUGAGAGAGAGACAGACAGAUAGCGAAGGCUGAAACACAGAGAGUGAAGUAAAUAAAGAAUGCAAGAAAGACAGUACAGUGACGCAGUGCUUCUCUGUCUACUGUAGGUGUACGAAUUCUGUGGAGGCAGCGUGAUACACAUUUCCUGUCUCCUAUCAGCCGGAUUUACUCCGAAAAGGGCAUCAAUGACCAUUGGACCAUAUACUUCUCCACAAUAUUGCAGGCACUAAAGGUGGACUUUUAACAAGUGCAGUGACAAUGCAGGAUGACAUCAUCGAUGAUGCGGUGGGUUUCGUGGCGGCAGCGGAGAUGCUGAGGGAGAGGGGGGCGGGGACGAUCAUCGCCGUGGCAACGCACGCCAUCCUGUCCGCGGACGCUCCCAGGAUCCUCCAGGAGUCAGUCAUUAGUCAGAGAGGAGAGGAGGAUGUGAAGUUAAAGAACAUGGGUUCUUGGCCCAGCGUUCUCAGUCCACCUCCGCUGUCCGCUCCUCUAGCGACAGCUUCGAACAGGUCCGUCGCGUCGCCCGAGAGAAGGGGAGAGAGAGAAACAGCUAAAAGCACAGGCCAGGAGAGAGCAGGAGAAACUACGCCGUGACGACGAGGACUCUGUGGAGCAGCAGGGGAGGGGGCGUGUCCAGGAGGACACUCGCCGUCGCCAGGAGCAACUUUCGCCUCAACCCCUCCCGCCGACUCCCCACAGGCCCCUCCCACUCAACAGGCCACACCCUCGGCCGCAGCAGAACGCCAUGGACCAGCAGAGGGAGCUGGCGAGACGCCGCGAGCAGGAAAGGAGGAGGAGAGAGGUGAUGGCGGACACCAUUGACAUCAACUUCCAGAGCGACUUGAUGGCCAUCUUUGAAGAGAACCUUUUCUGAGAGAGAGAUUGAGAAAGGAGGAGAGGGAGAGAAAGAGAUAUGAACUCUACCUUAUCCCACCAUGGCUGGGAUUUCACACACAACACCCUCCCUCCCUCUGAUUAGAGACCCCAGACCAGGAUGUGAGCUCCAGAGACUUGAAGGAGACUGAGGUGAGGUACAGUAAUAAGGAGUAGCCCUCCCUCCCUCCCUCUGAUUAGAGACCCCA